UUGUUAAGAUUUUACUAACUAUUACAAAUUUUUAUAAAGUUGCGCGGGAAUGUCACCUAAUUACAUUUUUUCCAGAAAUUGUUAAGUAUUUUGUUAUAAUUAGUACCUGUGAUUAAUUGUAUACAUUAAUAUCUCUCAACCGUACAUACAAUGUCAUCCGAAUGGAAGGAUUAUAAACAAGAUCCUAGAAUUAUUUGCAAAUAUGGUGCAAAAUGCUAUCAGAAAAAUACAGAUCAUCACCAAACAUACAAGCACCCACCACAAUUAAAAGCUAAGAAUAAAGAUGAAAAGAUGAACAAGCGUUUCAAACCAUAUGAUAAGAAAAAUACUGAUGUGAAGGUUAUUGCUAAUUGUAGUAAUAUUCAAGAAGACAAAUCAGAUGAAAUAGUUCCUGGUACCAUGACAGUAAACACUGCAACUCAGAUGGACAUUAUGAGUAUAAUAAAAUUAGACAAUCUAACUUACUACAAUAAAGAAUUUGAUAAUAAUAUAUACAAAGAGUGUUUUCAGGUUGAAAUGCCUGAUGAUUUCUUUAAAUUUUUUGAGUGUUUGAAUGAAGAAUCAUCGUCAGUUGAACAUUUAAUGGCUAGUGUAAAUUUGGAAAUGAUUGGACCUUUUGAUUUAUUAUUAGGUAAACUACCCAAAGUGGAAGAUAAAGAUUUGUAUUUAGUUCAUUGGAGGUUUUUCUAUGAUGUACCAGAAUAUCAGGCUAUUUUAAAGAAAAAAGGGAAGAGUGAAUUACAUAUAGGAUACUAUAGAGAUAAUCCUAAGGAAAAACCCACAUUCUUGGCGAAAAAUGAUAGUGCUAAAGAUUAUAUGAUAACUCCAGUCUCGGAUAAUAUAUUUGGUGCAGUUUAUUGGUUUUUGCAAAAUGAGAAAUCAUCAUCACCCUUUAUGUCUAUUGCAUGUCAGAAAUUAUCAGAGAAAGUUAAGAAAUGGGCUGAAAGCAAUGGCUACUCAAUUGAAGAAUGGGAUAAAAAACCUAGAAUCAAGAAUAUGACUUGCAAGACAUUUCAUGGGGCUGGCAUUGUUGUGCCUUAUAAUAAGAAGACUCAGCUUGGUUACAGAAAGUUAGUGGAAACAGAUGCAAAUAUAAAGAAAAUGUUUAAAAAAUUAGAAGAGGCAACUGAAGUUGUGGCGAAAAAUAAAAUUUUAUCAGAAAUACAACCACUAAUAACAUAUUCAAGCAUAGCAAUAGAUGAAUGUGAUUUUGGAACGGGGUUAGAGGCAGGUGUAGCAUUGUUUUGUUCAGGAAUAAAGGAACUGCAAAGCAGUGCCUUGAGCCUAUUAACAUCAUCAUAUUCAUUGUUACAGCGUGAGGAGUUUGCUAAAAUAAUUCAGGUUCACAUGAAAUACCGUCGCAAAGGGCCAUAUAUGGCACUAUGGGGAAACAAAAUGUGAUAUAUUAUUUAGUUAUUUAAAGUAUGAGAAUUUAAUUCUCAACUUUCAAAAUGUGUUGUGUGUAUGAUAAAAUUAUUAGAUAAAAUAAAAUAAA